AUGACCUUUGAUCACUAUGUGGACUUCUACAACCUGCUGAGAUACUCCUCCAUGCUCACCAGUGCCAGGAUGGACAGGAUCAGGCUGUCUUCAUAUUUGUUUUGCUCAAUCCUUAACUCGUUCUUGGAGUCCUCAGUGCUUCUGGCCAUGGCCUUUGGUCAUUAUGUGGCCAUCUGCUACCUGUGGAAAUACUCCUCCAUCCUCACCGGUGCCAGGAUAGGCAGGAUCGGGCUGGCUGCACUGUGCAGAUGUGCCGUAUUUGUAGCAUUAAAAGAAUUGCCCUUCUGCCCGUCCUGUGUUCCCUCCCACUCCUGCUAUCUGCAUCAGGACCUGGUCAAGCUGGUGUGUGCAGACAUGGCAUUCAGUAACUGGUAUGGGUUUGGUUUAGCUGGUCUCUUUCUGACGUUAGUCCUCAUCUCCAUGUCACAUAUUCUGACUGCUGGGGCCAUUCUGAGCAUCGCGUCCCAGAGGGAGCGUCUCAAGGCUUUGAACAACUGCCUGUCCCGUAUCCUGGCAGUCCAGAUCCUGUACAUCCCCAUGGGUGGCUUGUCUAUGGUUCACCAGUGUGGCCAGCAUGUUUCCCCUCUCGCUCAUGUCUUCAUGGCCAACGUCUACCUGCCACUCCUUCCCACGCCAUCAUCUACAGCAUAA